AUGAGUUGCGCUCUCAAAUCCAAGGAAGAAGUCGACGAAAAAGGACGCGUCAAGAAAGCGUUUGUAGUGGGAAAGACUCGCACAUACUUCCGAGCUGGUGCUCUCGAAUUCCUCGAAUCAAACCGUUUGGAGAAUGGACUAGAUGCUCCAGCCAUGACUCUUCAGAAAUACGCUCGGGGCUUUUUGGUCCGUAAAAACUGGAUGAAGAACAUUGAAGCCGCCCGUGAAGAGGAACGCAAACGCAAGGAAGAAGCGGAUCGUGUCUCUCGUGAGAAGAAGGAACGUAAGGAAGCAGCCAAACGUAAAAAGCAGGCCGAGGAAGCUCGUCGUAUGCGCGAAGAAAAGGAGGCCAAGGAACGGGCCGACCGGGAAGUGCGUGAAAAGAAGGCUGCCGCCGAACGCAAGCGACGUGAAAGGGCUGAGAAUGAAGCUCGCGAACGCGAAGAAGCUGAUUUCCAAGAGCAACUGGACAAGCUCAAAAGCAAGAUCCGGGGUAUGGAAUCUAGUCUCGAGGCCAAGCGGAAGGACAACGACAAAAAAAUCAGCAAGGCUGAAAAAGAAGUCGACGAGAUUGAAGCAGAGAAAAACGAACUCGACGCCAAACACAAAAAGAUGAUGGAGGAAGCAGCGAAGAUUCCUAAGAAGGAUAUUGCCGCCAAUAAGAAAAAAAUUGAAGAAUCCGAUAAGAUCGUCAACUAUUUACGCAAGGAGAACAAGAAGGUUCGCGAUCAAACAGAGAAAAUGAAAGAUGAUCUACAAGAGCUCAAGGAACAGAAUAACCGUCUGAUUGAAGCCAACGCGUCGGCCGGUGCUUCUCUCGAUUCGCUCGAGAAGCAAAAGAAGAAUCUUUCUACCCACAACGAAAAGUUGGAAGAGAAUCUGAAAAAGUACAAGGCUCAGAACGCUCAGCUAAAGUCCGACUUAGCAAACCGAAACGCGUACUACAAAGCCGAAACCAAGAUUCGCUCCGAAUAUGAGACAACAAUGGAAAAAAUUGUCGAAAUUCUAGAAGAGCGAUGCAAUGAUACGAAACUGAUCGAGGACGUGAAUGCUGCGCACCAUCAGUGCGAGGUCAUUGCAUCACAUCGUGCGGGAGACGGGAGCCCCGGACUUGCGAGUUCGGAUGUUUCCGAUUUCUGA